GUAGUAGUAGUAGUAGUAGUAGUAUUGGUAAUAGUAGUAGUAGUAGCAUUAUUAGUAGUAUUAUUAUGUGUGACAAGACCUUUAAGGAAAGAUGAAAAUUAACAAAUUGUCCCAUAAUAACUGAAACCAGCUUUUGUAAUGUUCUGCUGCUGUUGAGUCUUUGUCCACUAGAGGUCAGAGUUCACCUUCAUCUGCUGCUCUCAACACUUCUCAUCAUCCUCCCUCUGUAGUGUGGGAAUAUUUAAUGGAAACGUUAACUUCUUUCUAAUUAGGCUCUACAGACAUGUUCAAAGGAAAAACCUAAUUAAAAGCACUUUUAUGCCUUUAAAUCAUCAGCUUAUUGAUUCAAUAUUAUUGUCAUUAUUGUGUCUUUAGUGCAGAUUUGUGGAGACACACAGAGCCUCAUAACAUUCACCUGAUAGAAUUAAGAAAUUUAACACACAUUUUUACAUUUAGUUACUGCCACGUGGAAGGUUUUUCUCUAAUUUUGUGGAUUUUCAAGCUUUCUGACUGAACAGUUAGAUGCUGCAUGUAAAAACUCUUUGACCUCAUAAAACUGUUAAUUGUUUACUUGCAUCUCCUUCUCACAUUUCUCUCUAAUUUUCUGAGAAAAUGGACACCAACUUAGUUCCAUCAGCUCAUGUUUUGCACUGUUUUGUAAAAUUUGUGAUCUGUAAAUUCAGCUUUUUGCAAUUUUUUCUCAUAUUUCACCUUCUUCCCCUCGUGAGAUGUAUUUAUUUAUUGUAUUCUGUGUUGUUGUAUUAAGCAGACAGACUCAUAACUUAUGUAUCUGUCUCAUUAAGUUUUUGGAAAUUUGGAGGAUUUUGUGUUGUUUGUUUGGCAUCUUUCCCGCCAACAUCUGGAUUCGUAAAUCUCAAAGAAUCCGAUAUGAGACGAUGAAUAAACAGAUCAGCAGACAGUGAAAUCGAUGUGUAGUAACGGUCUUAACGUGAGGAUGAAUAUGCUCCAGCCUGCGGAGGGUAAAUAUAUAUUAGUGUGUAAUUAUGCGCGGAGAGUCGCAGCCGCAGUCAGUCUGAGCGGAGAACCAGAGCGCGUCUCCUGCAGGAACAUCUCACUGCUGUUGGUUUGUUUCUGGAGCUUCACGAGGAUUUUUUUUUCCGUUUAGUCUGCGUGUUGGAAACGCGGGAAGAGAGUUUGGAGUGGAGACUGACAGCAGGUGAUGGUGGAAAGAGGACGACAACGAGAGGAGAAGCUGAUAUGGCACCGCGGGAGUGACUCUGGAUAUCGAUGGAGAGUUUUUACAAUGAGAGCCAGAUCCACCACCGGGACCAGCGUCAGGUGGUCACAGCGGGGGCGGACAGUCCCGGGCCGGGCGGAGAUAUCAGUCUCCGCGCGCUGACCGGCUGCGUCCUGUGCGUCCUGAUCGUCUCCACCCUGUUGGGAAACACGCUGGUGUGCGCCGCGGUCAUCAAGUUCCGCCACCUGCGCUCCAAAGUCACCAACUCCUUCGUCAUCUCGCUGGCGGUGUCCGACCUGUUCGUGGCGGUGCUGGUGAUGCCCUGGAGGGCGGUGUCCGAGGUCGCCGGCAUCUGGCUCUUCGGCCGCUUCUGCGACACCUGGGUCGCCUUCGACAUCAUGUGCUCCACCGCGUCCAUCCUCAACCUGUGCAUCAUCAGCAUGGACCGCUACUGGGCCAUCUCCAGCCCCUUCAAAUACGAGAGCAAAAUGACGCGCAGGUUCGCCUUCCUGAUGAUCGGGGUCGCCUGGACUCUGUCCAUCCUCAUCUCCUUCAUCCCCGUGCAGCUCAACUGGCAUCGCGCGGACGCGGACAACUCCACGGCGGAAAACCCGGACGACUGCAACGCCAGCCUGAACCGGACUUACGCCAUCUCCUCGUCCCUCAUCAGCUUCUACAUCCCCGUGGUGAUCAUGGUGGGGACGUACACGCGCAUUUUCCGCAUCGCGCAAACCCAAAUCAGACGGAUUUCGUCUUUGGAGAGGGCGGCAGGUCCCCGCGCGCAAAACCACCGCCACCGCGCGUCAACGCACGACGAGAGCUCCCUGAAAACGUCGUUUAAGAGAGAAACGAAGGUUUUAAAGACUCUGUCCAUCAUCAUGGGAGUGUUUGUGUUCUGCUGGCUGCCGUUUUUCGUCCUGAACUGCGUGGUGCCUUUCUGCGGCCUGGACAAGCUCGGAGAGCCGCCGUGCGUCAGCGACACCACCUUCAGCAUCUUCGUGUGGUUCGGCUGGGCGAACUCGUCUCUGAAUCCGGUCAUUUACGCCUUCAACGCGGACUUCAGGAAGGCCUUCUCCACCAUCCUGGGCUGUAAUAAAUACUGCUCCACCUCCACGGUGGAGACGGUGGACUUCAGCAACGAGCUGGUGUCUUAUCACCACGACACCACCAUGCAGAAGGAGGCCUGCACCAUGCCGGGUCCCGGGGCGCAGAGACUCGCAGCCUGCCUGCAGCAGCAGCCGCCGCCGCACACCGGAGGAGAUCUGGAGCAGAACUUUGACAAAGUUUCUAUCAUUUCAGAUGAUUCACGGAACCACAAGAACUUACUGCUUCCCGCCAUCCUGCAGUAUGAGUGCGAGGCGGAGAUUUCUUUGGACAUGAUGCCCUUCAACUCGCCGGGACCCACAGACUGUUAUGUUAUUCCCGGUCAAAUCCAGGACCUGUGAGCGUCCUGGAGCUCUGACUCCACAUCAUGCGUCAUGGAGCAGGGAUGUGGAGUGGCUGACCUUUGACCUCCUGCUGGUGAUCUCACGGAGGAACAGAUGUUAAGAUGAUCUAAAGUGGUGUUCUUACUGCAGAUAUGAGCAGUUCAACCAAAGAGUGAUGAUUUCCUUCUCAAAUUGUUGCAUUUAAAGGAUUUUCAAAGGUCCAAAAGGUAAAAAAAAUACACUAUUUCACAAGAAAAACUAAAAAAAAAGAGAAAUUUGGGUUACAGAGAUGUUUUUAUUUACUUUUAUUGAAUUUAAUGUCCAUAUUCUCUGUCAUGAUCAUCUUUUGACCCUUUGGAUCGAUGUUGGGAACAGUUGAUCUACCAGAUAUCAAUAUUUUUCUGGAGACAGCAAACUUUGAAUGUCACCUGUGAUACAACAGAAAUAAAGACGGUGAAAUACGAGCUGUGGCUGG